CGCAUAUACUAAAAGCUGGAAUUGCCUAUUGCAAACGCUCACUCAAGAUUGAGGCUAAUUUAAUUAUAUAGUGAGUUCACUUACUUUCUGAUGUGUUUUAUUUCAGAAGUCAACAUCACCAAAAUAAAGGAAAACAAAAACACAAAAAGAGUCAACACAAGCAUGGUGGUGAUUCAAGUCGUAAACAAUAUCACAGCGGAUCAUUUCAUAGUGGAUCAUCUAGUCUUGAAAUGGAGCACACAACAGGUAUCACCGCGUUAAAUGAGUUAUGAACGCCUGUAGUUUAUUGUUGAAUUUCGACAUUGCACAUAUAAUUUUGAUGUUUCCUUAGCCGCUAGUUCAAAAACACACUUUUCAUCUAGCCUCAUCGACACUAUAAAAACGGAACGGAUUAUCCAUCAGACGUAUUUCGGCAAAGAAAAGAUGGUUUGUGUGACAAUCCAUGUGUUUUAACGCAGCAAACAGAUGAACCAUCUGUGAAGACGAUGGUCUACAUUUAACGUGGCAAUGUGAUUGGAUCAGUUCCUACUUUUUUACUGGAAAAUUGGCUUAAGAUAUAUGUUCGUAUCUUUUACUAAUAACUGAGUAAAAUAAUUGUCAGAUUUUUUAGUUGGCAAAUAUCACCUAACAGAAUUUUCGGAGAAAAUAAUACCAAACUGAGAGACAACAAUUUCCUUGAAUUUUAACCGAUAACUGACUUGCAAAUGCUGCUGCCAUUACGACUUUCGACAUAAUACAUCUUUUUCGUUUCCAGGCCAUGGGUCGUGUGUCUUAGAAGUUUAUGACGUCAUAUUGAAUUCACGUGAUCAACAUCAGGUAGUUGAUGACUUGCUGCAAGCUGGAGCGAAAAUAAGUUGGAACGAAAAGACUAAACAGUCGGGAAAGACGUUGACUGCUAAAGCGACUUUUAAUUCAUAUGAACAGGCCGAGCAGGCUUUAAUGACGAACACUAAUCCAAAUUAUAAAUUGCGUCGGUGCCCGGCUGAUAUUCCGUUCUUGGAAAGCCAAAACUUUUAGGAUUUUAUGUCAUUAUUUUUAAGCUUUUUAGUUAGGGCAUUGACGCGUUAAUUUUAACAAAAUUAUGUUAGAAGUAAUGAAGUAAUAUUGAUUCAAUAGAAGUAGUAGAAAUUAAUUGUAGUAACCUGUCAAAUUUUCUUAGGGACCGUUCAUUUUUUAUCAGGAGGAGGGGGCUGGUGGUUUUGGGUGCUUUCAUUGAUAAUUUCGUCUCGACCCCCCAACAGAUGCAGGGAAAUUUCCAGUGACCCCCUUUCUACUCCAAGUUUUUUUCCCAUGAUCCCCGUACAUGCAUAUGGUCUUGGACUUUUGGUCAUGCUAGGUCCUACCCAAGCGUCAUAAGAUAAGCAAUUGUAAAGCAAUAUACUUCAUUUUAUAAUAGGACAAAUCGUCAUUGUUUUUUGGCU